AUGAAUUUUACAACAUCCUUAAAAGGAAACCUUGAGUUUGUCUUUAAACACUCAAACCACAACAUCCGCUUUUGUGGUGAAGUAGCUGAUUUGCUCGAUAAGCUUCGUUCUAGCCGCAAAGAGUACUGCAAGUCCAUCACAAAGAUCUCACAAGAGUUUCAAAAAAAAUUGGAAGAUGAUGCUCUUUAUGGCACCACCAAAGAAGCCGUCUGCCAACUUUUGACAUCCGUCUUAGAAGAAGCUGAUGGUCAAAUGAAAACCGUUGAAGUUCUCACAAAUUCCAUUGAAGAAUUCAAAAAUAAGACCAAAGAAAUCGAGAAAGCAGCUAAAGGUGUUCGUCAAGACGCGGAGACUCGAACGAAAGAUGUGGAAAAGUGUAAAGACGCGACCAAAAAGGAAAAAGACAAAUUUGUGAAAUGUCACAAGGAUGUGACUAGUAUGUUGAGUGACAUAGAAAAGUCCAAAACAGCCAACGCGCCAGAGAAAAAGAUCAAAAGUUUGGAGGAGAAGCGCGAUCACUUGAAAGAAAAAGAAGAAGAACAAAACAAAGUUUAUGUGACUUCUGUGGAGACAACAAACAAAAGAAUUAAACACUUCUUCGAUGUCGACCAAAUCGAAAUCCUUGAAUUGUACAACAAGUUUGAAGUUAACUAUCUGGAACAAAUGAAGGAGAUAUUAAAGAACUUCUCCGAGUCUCUCGCAAGCAUCCCAGUCAUAGUCAAAGAGUCUAUGGAAAAGUACAACGAUAAGGCCUCUCACAUUAACUCUUCUGAAGAUGUCGUCACGUUCUGUAAAAUCCACAAGACUUCAUGCAGAACACCAACAUACGUUCCAGUCAUCGACGCCGAUGGACUCAUUAUCAAACAGGAAGGCGCACUCAAUGAAAGAAGAAAUGAUGAUCCAGAAGGUAUGGAAAGAGUCUUCUUGACCUGCACUGUGGUGCACGACUUUAUUGCAGAAGGCCCUGAGGAAAUGAAUGUUAAAAAGGGUGACACUAUCAUCGUGUCUGAAAAACAUGAGAAUGGGUGGUGGUAUGCUACUAACAAAGAAAACGCUACAGUCGGGUUCGUGCCAGAAACCUUCGUAAAAGACGUCAACUGA